AUGUGCAGCUCUCGACGUGCCGAGGUGCCUUCAGGCUCGACCAACCUUACCCACGGUCGUGAGGUGCUGCCCACGAACGUCAAACCGGUUCAUUAUGAUCUGACGCUGGAGCCGAAUUUCGAGGCUUUCACCUACGAUGGAUCCGUCGUCAUUGAUCUUCAGGUCGCAGAGGACACCACUUCCGUCUCCCUCAACACCAACGAAAUUGAUAUCCAUGCGGCCACUGUCUCGGCCCAGGGCGCCGUCGUGUCCUCCAACCCCGAGAUCUCGACCGACAAGGACACGCAGGUUGCGACCAUCAAGUUCGCCGACACCAUCCCCGCCGGCUCCUCCGCUCAGUUGAAGUUGAACUUCACCGGUAUCCUCAAUGACAACAUGGCCGGUUUCUACCGCUCCUCCUACAAGACCAAGGAUGGUCAAACGAAGUACCUUGCUUCCACCCAGAUGGAGCCUACCGAUGCUCGCCGGGCCUUCCCCUGUUUCGACGAGCCGGCCCUCAAGGCCAAGUUCACAAUCACUCUUAUCGCCGAUAAGGACAUGACCUGUCUGAGCAACAUGGACGUUGCGUCGGAGACUGACGUGAAGGACGGCCUCAAGAAGGCCGUCAAGUUCAACACCUCCCCCCAGAUGUCGACCUACCUGGUGGCUUUCAUCGUGGGCCACCUGAACUACAUUGAGACCAAGGACUUCCGCGUCCCCAUCCGUGUCUAUGCCACUCCCGACCAGGAUAUCGAGCACGGCCGCUUCUCGCUGGACCUGGCUGCCCGGACCCUGGCUUUCUAUGAGAAGGCGUUCGACAACGAGUUCCCUCUGCCCAAGAUGGACAUGGUGGCCGUGCCCGAUUUCAGCGCCGGAGCCAUGGAGAACUGGGGUCUGAUCACCUACCGUAUCGUCGAUGUUCUGCUGGAUGAGAAGACCAGCGGUGCGUCGCGCAAGGAGCGUAUUGCGGAGACCGUCCAGCACGAGCUGGCCCACCAGUGGUUCGGAAACCUGGUGACCAUGGACUUCUGGGACGGCCUCUGGCUCAACGAGGGUUUCGCCACGUGGAUGUCGUGGUACUCCUGCAACAGCUUCUACCCCGAGUGGAAGGUGUGGCAGACCUACGUCAUCGACAACCUGCAGAGCGCUCUCUCGCUCGACUCGUUGCGUAGCAGCCACCCCAUUGAGGUUCCGGUCAAGCGCGCCGACGAGAUCAACCAGAUCUUCGAUGCCAUCUCCUACUCCAAGGGCUCUUCCGUUCUGCGCAUGAUCUCCAAGUACUUGGGCGAGGAUGUCUUCCUCCAGGGUGUCCGCAACUACAUCAAGAAGCACGCCUACGGUAACACCGAGACCGGUGACUUGUGGUCGGCCCUGGCCAAUGCCAGCGGCAAGCCCGUGGAGCAGGUCAUGGACAUCUGGACCAAGAACGUCGGAUUCCCCGUGGUGACGGUGUCGGAGAACCCGAGCAACUCGUCCAUCAAGGUGAAGCAGAACCGCUUCCUGCGCACCGGCGACGUGCGUCCCGAGGAGGACAAGACGCUUUUCCCCGUCAUGCUGGGCCUGCGCACCGAGCAGGGCAUCGACGAAAACACGAUGCUCACCGAGCGCGAGCAGGAGUUCAAGGUGCCCAACCUUGACUUCUUCAAGCUCAACGCGGACCACUCCGCCAUCUACCGCACCUCGUACACUCCCGAGCGUCUCACCAAGCUCGGUGCGGCCGCCGGUAAGGGUCUUCUCACCGUGGAGGACCGUGCCGGUAUGAUCGCCGAUGCUGGCGCCCUGGCGGCGUCAGGCUACCAGAGCACCUCCGGCCUUCUCUCCCUGCUGAAGGGCUUCUCCACCGAAUCCGAGUUUGUCGUGUGGAACGAGAUCCUCACCCGGAUCGGCACCCUGCGCGCCGCCUGGCUCUUCGAAGACCAGAAGACCAAGGACGCCCUCAAGGCCUUCCAGCGCUCGCUGACCAGCGAGAAGGCCCACGAGCUGGGCUGGGACUUCUCCGAGAAGGACGGCCACAUUCUGCAGCAGUUCAAGGCUCUCAUGUUCGGCAGUGCCGGUAUGGCCGACGAUCCCGUCGUGGUCAAGGCCGCCCAGGACAUGUUCGCCCGCUUCUCCGCCGGCGACGCCGGCGCCAUCCACCCCAACAUCCGCGGCAGCGUCUACUCCAUCGUCCUGAAGCACGGCGGCGAGAAGGAAUACGACGUGGUCUACGACCGCUUCCUGCACGCCCCCACCUCCGACGAGAAGACCACCGCCCUCCGCUGCCUCGGCGCCGCCGAGAAGCCCGAGCUGAUCCAGCGCACCCUGGGUCUCGCCAACGGCGACGAGGUCAAGAACCAGGACAUCUACAUGCCCCUGGGCGGCCUGCGCAGCCACACCGCGGGUAUCGAGGCCCGCUGGUCCUGGAUGAAGAACAACUGGGACGCCCUGUACAAGCGUCUUCCUCCCGGUCUGGGCAUGCUCGGCACCGUGGUCCAGCUCAGCACUGCUAGCUUCUGUACCGAGGCGCAGCUGAAGGACGUGGAGACGUUCUUUGCCAGCAAGGAUACGAAGGGCUUCGACCGCUCCAUCGAACAGAGUCUCGACGCCAUCCGCGCCAAGAUCAACUGGGUGAACCGUGACCGCGCAGACGUCACGGCCUGGCUGAAGGAGAGCAAGCUCUAA